AGUUGACUCGACUGUCUAACCCAAACUUUCCCUAAGCCGCCUUCUAUAAGACUUUGUUGCGCAAUUUCUCCCACAUGAAUGAUCAUGAUUUCAAACUCACUCACCCAAUUCUUCUUCUAAUUUCUUUUUCAAGUUGAAGAAAUAAACAAAGAAAAAGAAAUCAGAAUCAUCUUGACAAUGGAAACAGAAGCUUCACCGUUCGAGACGAGUGAGAUGUUGGCAAGGUUUUUGGGGUCAACGCCAUUGUUACCGGAGUCAUGGAAGCUCUGUGGACGAUCAAACGUCAUGGCGCCUCAAGGGUUCUUGACUGAUGAAGUCGGAGGUGUUACGUAUGUUGCGUUUUCCGGCGUCCAAUCGAUCGAUGGGUUGGACCCGUUUUUCGGGAGUUUAGUACCUCUGUCGGCUGUUUCCGGUGUCUCUCCUUUCUCCGGUGGUGGCGAUGGAGGGAUGUUUUCGGCGUUUCAGAAACAAGGAGACGAGAAUUCCGCGAUGGUGGAUGCCGGAUUACUUCACCUGUUUUUGGCUAUAUACCAUACUCCCGUUUUCCAAAAUCAGAUGUUCGAAAUCAUGAAAAAACGAAAACCGGUGGUGUUCACCGGACACUCCCUCGGAGGCGCCAUCGCCGCCCUGUCUUCACUUUGGCUCCUCUCAUAUCUCCAAUCAAUCUCCUCCCCUCCCUCUGUAAUUUGCUUCACCUUCGGCUCCCCUUUGAUCGGAAACCAAUCCCUUUCCAAAGCCAUCCAACAACAGCGAUUGAGUGGCAACUUCUGUCACCUCGUUUCAAAAUUCGACCUCCUCCCACGGCUGCUCUUCGCACCAUUAUCUCCGAUCAUCACCCACCUCCACACCCUCCUGAAAUCAUGGCACUUAACCAUGAAUUCGCCGUUUUUCAUUCGGGAUCUAGGUACACAACUCACCGAACAUGAGAAAUUCGAGUUAUUCCAUUUUAUACUGGGUUGUGUUGACUCUAUCGCUCGAUCACCGGAAGUGAUGACAAAUCGUUCUUCGUUUGUACCAUUUGGGAACUUCAUGUUUUGCUCCGAUGAUGGAGCGAUUUGCAUCGAUGACAUUAGUGCUAUUGUUAGAAUGCUUCACUUGACUUUUGCGUCUGGAUCUCCAAGUUUGUGUAUCGAUGAUCAUCUCGAGUAUGAAAGUUACGUUGAAAAGAUUAAUUUACAGUUCUUGAAUCGGAGUGAAGAAGAGCUUUGUGAAUCUAACACCUAUGAAGCCGGAGUUACAUUAGCUUCGCAAUCGAUAUCUUCUGGUCAUGAACAUAUGGUUAGACCCGUUAAAGAUUGCCUAAAGACAGCUAGGCGAAUUGGGCGUACCCCGAACCUCCAAAGUGCUAGACUAGCCAUUUGUCUAUCAAAAUUUGCACCGUUACGUGCGCAAAUCGAGUGGUACAAAGCUUCAUGUGACAAAUCAGAUGACCAACUCGGGUACUACGAUUCCUUUAAACUACGCGGACCAUCUAAACGUGAUUUCAAAGUUGUGAUGAACACAAUCAAACUAGGCGAAUUUUGGGACAGUGUAAUCGGCAUGUUAGAAAACAACCAACUCCCCCACGAUUUCCACAAACGAGCCAAAUGGGUGUACGCAUCCCAAUCCUAUAAACUUCUCGUUGAACCACUAGACAUAGCCGAGUACUACAAAAAUGGGGACCACCGCAAAAAUGGACAUUAUCUGAAAGGUGGGAGACACACACGAUAUACAGUUUUUGAUAAGUGGUGGCAGGAACGCGAACGUGAUAGGUUUGGGGACACAGACGGAUACAGUCGGAGGAGUAAGUUUGCGAGUUUGACACAAGAUUCGUGUUUUUGGGCGAAAGUGGAGGAGGCUCGAGAGUGGCUCGAGAAUGUUAGAAGUGAGCGGGACCCGAGGCGGCUCGCAGGGUUGUGGGCGGGUAUUGAGAAGUUUGAAAAUUAUGCAAAAGGGUUGGUUGAGAGGAAAGAGGUGUCUAUUGAUGUUUUGGCUAGAAAUUCUAGUUAUAUGGUUUGGGUGGAGGAGUUGAGGGUGUUAAAAUUGCAUUUUCAACAAUUUUCUACUCAGAUUCCCGGGGGUUUGGAUAGGAAGGUUGUGCCAUAGGUUUUAAUGUCUAUCUUUGACCCCUUAACUAUAUAUAACGCAAAAUAAGUUGUGGUCAUUUAAUUGUAGGACUUAUUUAUCUAUUAUCUUAGGUCUCAAUCUUUUUUGUUUAUUAA